UUGAAAAUUGCUAACAUGCGCAGUUUCCUAGUUCUAAAUUACUAACAUGCACAUGUCUCUAUAAAACCCAACCACCCCCACAUAACAUUUCAGCCUGAAUAGAGGGGGGAAAGCCAACAAAACAAGCUUUAAAGAAAAAAAAUGGGACUUCUUCAAUGUCCCUUAUGUUGCCACUCACAGGACCAACAACCACAAGCUCACUCCCAUCACCGUCAAUCAGAAUCAUCAACCUCUUCCUCUCUUUCUUCACAGCCAAGUCUACCUUCUGUUCCUUCCCUCACCCCACCAUCUCACCAUCCACAACAACCCCAACCUUCACACCACCAACUCAUAACCACCGUCAAAGGCCACUCCUCCCCCAUCUUCUCCCUCGCUCUCCACGGCAAAUUCCUCUACAGCGGUUCUUCCAGCAGCGAGAUAAGGAGUUGUAGCAGAGACCCUUUUGCUCUGCAAAGCUCAAGCAACACCAACAACAUGGUGGCAUUCAGCAAUGGAGCCAUCAAGUCCUUAAUCGUUUUUGGUGACAUGUUAUUCAGUGCUCACCAAGACCACAAAAUCCGAGUUUGGAGAAUCGAAACCAAUAAUCGAAACCAGAGAUAUCAAUGCAUAGCCACACUUCCCACCCUCAAAGACAGGUUUUGCAAGCUGUUUUAUUCCAAGAACUACGUUGAGGUUCGGAGGCACAAGAAGUGCACGUGGGUGCAUCACCAUGACACUGUUUCUGCUCUUGCUCUGUCCAAGGACGGGUCUUUACUUUACUCAGCUUCAUGGGACAGGACAUUCAAAAUCUGGCGAACCUCGGAUUUCAAGUGUUUGGAGUCUGUGAGAAACGCACACGAUGAUGCAAUCAAUGCCUUGGCUUUGUCGAGUGAUGGGUUUGUUUACACAGGUUCUGCAGAUAAGAGGAUCAAGAUAUGGAAGAAGCAUGAGGGUGAGAAAAAGCAUUCCCUUUUGGGAACCUUGGAGAAACAUAAAUCAGCAGUGAAUGCCCUUGCUCUUAGCACUGAUGGGUCAGUGUUGUAUUCGGGUGCUUGUGAUAGAUCAAUUUUAGUGUGGGAGAAUGACAGUAAUGAGACAAAUGAUGGUGAUGGAAAUAUGGUGCUUGUGGGUGCUCUGAGAGGACACACAAAGGCUAUAUUGUGUUUGGUGGUGGUGGCAGAUUUGGUGUGUAGUGGAUCCGCUGAUAACACUGUUAGGAUAUGGAGGAGAGGGUUUGAGAAAAACUAUUCUUGCCUGGGUGUGUUGGAAGGUCAUAGACGACCAAUCAAGUGCUUGGCUAUAGCAGUUGACUCCAAUAGUGCCAAUAAUGGUGGACCUGAUGAUAAUAGUAAUUCUUAUCUGGUUUACAGUGGUAGUCUAGAUUGUGACAUUAAAGUUUGGCAAAUACGCGUUCCCUUGUUUUGAUUCUUCUUUAUUAUUAUCAUUUAUUAUUGUUAUGUAUAGAUAAAAUGUGAAA